UCCGCUCUGUUUGCUGUUUUAAAGGAAAACUUUGGACUGGAGCGGACCGAGGUCCGGGACAACGGCUGCGGCAUCAAAGCCGCGGACGCUCCGGUGAUGGCCGUCCGACAUUUCACCUCCAAGAUCUGCAGCCAUGAAGACCUGGAGCGUCUGGAGAGCUACGGCUUCCGGGGCGAGGCACUGGGCUCCAUCUGCGCCGUGGCUGAGGUUUCCGUCACCACGAAGACCCAGGAGGAUGACAUCAGCACUCAGUACACCCUGGACCACACUGGGAGGGUGGUCUCUCAGAGGCCGUCCCACCUGGGUCAAGGAACGUCGGUGAGCGUGACGAAGCUCUUUAAGAACCUCCCGGUCAGACGGCAGUUCUACUCGUCCACUAAGAAGUGUAAGGAGGAGCUGAAGAAGGUCCAGGACCUGCUGAUGGCCUACGCCCUCAUAAAGCCCGAGCUCAGGCUGAUGCUGGUGCAUAACAAGGCGGUGCUUUGGCAGAAGGCCCGGGCGGCCGACCUGAGGAGCGCCCUGGUUGCUACGCUGGGGUCCGGCGCCGUCGCUAACCUGCUGCCAUGCCACCAGGAACAGCCAGAGAUGGUUCUGGACGGCUUCCUGCCCAAACCGGGGGCCGAUCUGUCCUCCACCAGCUGCUCCGCCUCAGAGAAGACCUUCAUCUUCAUCAACCGGCGGCCCGUCCAGCAGAAGGAGAUCAUGAAGCUGCUCCGUCAGCAUUACUGCGCCCAGUACGCCGAGGACGCCGCCCGCCACCGCUUCCCCAUCCUGCUGCUCAGCAUCUCUGUCUCUCCUUCAUCUCUGGACGUCAACCUGACGCCGGAUAAAACCCAGGUCCUUCUGGAUAACAAGGAGGCGGUUCUGACGGCGUUGGAGGCUCUGCUGGUUUCUCUCUACGGGUUCCGCUCCAGUUCGGCUGAACAGCAGCUGAACCACGAGGCUCCUCCUCCUCCGUCGGCUCGAUCGGAGGCGAAGGAGGACCAGAACAUCCGGGUUCAUGAAGACGCUCCGACAGCAGAACCCAAACAUGGCGGCGGCGCCGACCCUCAGGCUGCUCUGCAGCGCCAGGCCUCCAGCUGCAGCUCCUCAUCCUCCACGGCGGAUGAUUGGAUCAUCAACCCGCCUCCCAGCGAGCUCUGCUCCGUUUCCUCUCUCUGUGGAGAUGAAACCGCUGCGGCUCGGCCCAAACCAGAGCAGACCGGUUCUGAACCGGAGAAACCAGAGGAGGAGCGUGAAACCAGGAAGAUUUCUGCCCAGGACUGGAGCCGGGGGACGGCUCUGACCGACCCGGUAACAGGAGACCCCCUCCGACCCGUCCUGGUCCACCGGCCCUCUGGGCCCGGUUCCCCCGGCCCGCAGGAGGCCAGGAGUAAAAAACUGAUCAAUUCCGUGACGGAGAAAGGAGCGACACUGACGGCCUACGACAUGAUCAGCAGCCGCGCCAUGCGGGCGCCGCCGUCCCCCGCCUCCCUGUUCGAGAAGGAGGCCCGGUCCGAGGUUCUGAGGGAGCGGCCCGCCGCCAGCCUGCAGGAGGUCAGCGCCGCCGUUCAGGAGAGGUGGAGAAACCUGAGGGAAGAGGACAGGAAGACGUAUGAGGAGAAAGCAAAGAAAAAACACGACCUCCAUGAGCAGAGGACCAAGCUGGCGUCAGACGGGGGCCCCCAGGGGCCGACUGAGAGGGCUAAAGCGCAGAGCGUGAAGCGCAAAGCGCCGCCGUCCAACCAGCAGCUGCUGGACGAGCUGUUCUCCGCUCAGCCCCAGAAGAAGACCAAGACUCCGCCCCCCAAGCCUUCGCGGCCCCUCCUCUGCAGCAUGGCGGCCCUCCGCCUGGGGCUCCAGCGCCUGUCUUCUCAGAGCUCGGCGCCGCCGCGGGGCCUCCGGCUGGUGAACCGCCUGGGCUCCCAGAGCUGCUGGGCCGUCAUGGCGGGGCGGAGGCUCCUGCUGUUCAACCCGUAUCGAGUAGAAGAAGCUUUGCUGUUUAAGAGGCUCCAGGAGAACCACGUCCUCCCGGCGGCGGUCCUGCAGAACCCGCUGCGCCUCACAGACGGGAACCUGGGAGGAGCAGAGUUUGAGACGCUGUGCAGCAUGAAGAAAGGAGCAGCAGAGCUGGAUGGAAGCGUCUUCUUCUCCGACCCGCGGCUGCUCGCCAACGGCUUCAGAGUCAGACUCCCAGCAGGCCUCCCGUCAGCGGAGAAACAUCUGGAAGUGGCGGCCAUGGCCGACUGCGUGCCUUUUCUCGGCGUGGAGGACCUCAGGGAGGUUCUGAGCGCCGUUCUUCACAGGAAGGCUUCCAGACCGCAGGACUGCCGUCCGCUCAAAGUCACAAACUACCUAAAAGCCGAGGCGGUCCGGCUGGCCCGUCAGCUGCCUUCGAGUUUACGCCGCGGUGACGUGGAGGAGCUGGUCGGACGGAUGGAGCGGCGGCUGGGCGGAACCGAACGGACCUGCAUCCACGGGCGGCGGUUCUUCCAUCACCUGGUCGACGUUCCGUCUACAGACGAGGAGGCGGAGGCUCUGCUCAGACCUCUGGAACUCUGAUGUCACACCUUACAGAAGCUCCUCCCUCUCCUCAGGUCGCCGCCGCAUGGCGAUGAACCCGCCUCUCGCUCAGUUAGUGAGAAACUAGAGGCUGGACUUUGACUAGGCCGUUCCAGCACCCUGGUUAGUGAGUCUGCACACCUCGACUGAAAGGCAGGUUUUAUAAAUAAAAAGAUUAAAAACAUUUUUCCACUUAAAAUUUUUAAUUGGAAACAUUAAAACGACCCGUUAGCUUUAUAGCAACCUUCUCAGAGCGGGUCAUGAUGCUGCCACCACCGUGUUUCAGCUUGAUGGAUCUAAAGUCCAGCUUUGGGUUCCUCAUUGCUGCAGACGGAUCCUUCAGACGUGGAGAACAUCAGCGAUAGUUUUCACUUCCAGACCAGUUUAUGAUCAAAUAAUGAGGGAAAAUCAAGCAUGGCAGCUGAAUCUGAUUCACGACUAACCGGACGGCGUCAGAAGAUGCUUUGAGCAACUGUCUAAGGGGCGUGUGUUUGUUUUUAGGGGUGUGUAAACUUUAGGAUCGUCCACCUGAUCCUAAGCGUCCAGCAGCAGCUGCUCUCUCAGGUAUUUCUGAUGUUUUCCCGCCUUGCCGUCAUGUUUAAGGUCUCCCUUUAAACCAGGCUGUAUGUAGAACUGUUAGCGUCCAACGCUCGGCUUCCAUCUUUAAAUGUCUGAUUUUGUCUGAAUAAUCAGGGACGAGUUUAAGGCAGGAUUGACAGGCUGUUUGCUAAACUCCCUGCUGGACCAAUGAACGGCAAUAAAAGCACCCGGUCGGGGGCCCGGGGCCCAGAUGGCCAGCUGCUGAACGCUGCCUGUCUGCACCUCUGCUGUGAUUUAUCCUCUCCGCCUGCGCCGCGCUUGCUUUUCCCAUUACAGAGGAGGAACGGCCAAAGCUGACAGCCACAUGUGGGGAUGCGAGACGUGAUUAACGGCCGCGUUCGGCCGCUGCUGGAGGCGACGCCGCGGCUCUGUUUACAGAACGCUCCGACAUCCAUGUUUGUUUGUGAGGAGGGGUCGGAGGGAGAGCCGGGGGACGCAGCUUCAUCCUCAGAGGACGCGGCGAUGACAGUGAUGAAGAGCGGAGACGCGCUCCGAACACACAGGGGCGCGGAGGCGGAUGUCAGCUACGUGUCAGAGAAGUUUGGACCGGUUCUGACUUCUGGGAAACAACACUUAGGGUCCAGUUUACAGCUGUGAGUGACGGCGGAGCAGCGAGCUGUUCUUUCCACAUCUCGUCCUCAGCAGAUAAAUCCAGCCGCUGUCUGAACCCAGAUGAUGUAAAACACAACCGUCCGUCAUCGCUUCUUCCACAGAGAGGAAAACUGUCACCAUUUAAAGCCCAUUUUCCCUGAAAUCUCUUCCUCAGUCUCACCUUCAGCGCUUCGUCUGAUGGAAGCUGAUUCCAACGAUAAACAUCUGAAUUAUAAGAAACUCCAUUUCUAUCCAUUUUCCUUUAAGUUGGUCAAAUCAUAAAACCUCUGAUUUAAAUGGACAUAAAAGCAAAGAGCA